UAUAGUAGCCUUUAGAAGCAAUUCUACUCUGCACACAUGGGGUCAUCGCCGGCUUUUUGAAAAGCCGACCCAGCUGUAGUGUCAGAGGACCGAUGUGGGGAGCGCAGGGAGCCGACGCCCACACUCCAAAGGUGCGUACCCCGCCAGACGCGGGAGAGCGUGCAGGUGCUUCCGGGUCUGGAGGGGCCGCGGGCUCGAGCGAUGUGGCGGGAAACAAACCGCGCACGCGCGCCGAGCUCUGCGGUGGUCCCGCCCCUCGCUCCUCCCCUUCCGGCUUCCGUCGGGGGCGGGAACGUUGCGCCUCACUCCUCCAGCCCCAAUUCGCUGGCGGAUGUGUUUCCCGCGCCCGGAUUUCGAUUUCCAAGCUCCGCCUUUACAUGGUCCUGAGGCCUCACUCGGUCCCCUACACCCAAUCCCAGCUGCAAAGCGCUGCAGAGCCUGAAUUCAGGAAGGAAUCCGUUUCUCAGUUCCCGCACCCCUUGCUUCCCACGCUCUCUCCGCCGAUCCCUGGGACCUCCACCACCCCGACCAUGGCCCAGAAGCCGAAGGUGGACCCCUAUGUCGGGCGGCUGGGAUACCUGCAGGCUCUGGUCUCAGAAUUCCAGGAGACGGAGAGCCAAGACGCCAAAGAGCAAGUCCUGGCCAACCUCGCCAACUUCGCCUACGACCCUAGCAACUACCAGUAUCUGCGGCAGCUGCAGGUUCUGGAUUUAUUCCUCGAUUCGCUGUCGGAAGAAAAUGAGACCCUGGUGGAGUUUGCCAUUGACUUGAAAUUUCAGAAGGAACCUUUUUCAAGAUGCUAAGCAGAUAGUGUCAAAUGAAGAUUUUGAUCCUGGGCUGGGCUGUGGUGAGUGGUAUGUCUGGGCUGCCUUUUUUAGGGUUCGCUUGGCCGCUGGGUGCUGGCUAGGCGCUUGUCAGCAUGGCCUCAUUUAGCCCUCUGGACAAUCCUCAGACCCUGCCCUUGUCGGCCAGGGUGUCCCUCCCAGCCCAGAUGUCCUACUUGCUCUGUGACCCAGGGUCACCCUCCUGCCCUCUCUGAUCCUCCAGCUUUCUCAUCCCAGGCCACAUUUGGGGUUUCCUGUUCUGCCUCUCCUGGGGGUUUCCGUGGCUCCUGGCAUCUAGCGGCCCUGUCGUUGCCUCAUUCUGUUUCUCUUGUCUUGUUUGGUUUGUUCAGAACUUGUUCGUCAGCCCGUCAGGACUUGUUCUUCUUUUUAACAGUUUUCUGUGGUUGGGCAGUUUAGGAUGCUUCCAGUUUUGCGUAGAUGGUUUUCCCAGCACUUCUUACUUCAGGCCAGCUCUCUGAGGGGCACUUGGGGAAAGCUUAAAGUAGCAGAGGCUUCGUGCAGGUCUGGCACCGUCUUGGCUGCUCCAGUCCAGCCUUCUCACCGAGCCCCUGAAGCUCCCUGCAGUUCCCUUCCCAGGCUCUUGCUCCCCUUUUAAUCUGAGAGGCUUAAGAGGGGCUUAGAGGAUGUACCUGUGGCCGAGGCCCGGGCAGCUGGUGAGCUCUGGCAGGACACCUGGUCCAUCGGGGAGGUUUCCAGGGCUGGGGAGAGUGAGGAGGUUGUGGCCAGGGGCCUGUCCUGAGGCCUCCUCAGGUUCCCAGCCCCCAGCAGAUGCCAUCUGGUGAUCCAGCCCCACCCAGACACACCUGGUGGUGAUGCUGACUCAUCGCCAGGUCAGUGACUCAUGGCUUCAUCUUAUCACACCUUACAGCAGCAGGAAGUGGCCCACUCCCCACUCAGACUAACCCACCUGCUGGUCCCUGCUCCAGGCUGAGCCUGGCAUCUGGCCUUGGGAGCAUCAGUUGUCCUCGUGGCUCCACAGGGACUCAGUUUCCCCUGGGAGUGGCAAAGGGCUCCCUUCUGGGGCUUGGGCAAGUUGCUGAAUCCCUCACACCCUCAGCUUCUCCCGCUAAGAUGGCAGAGACAAUAGCUCCAGCUUGGUGUAGGGUUCAUCCAUGUGUUCAGCAUGUGUUCAGUGUGUGUCCCCUGUUCUGGGCUCCUGCGAUCCAGAGGUCAGCAAGGGAGGCCCUGCCUCACGGAGAGCACCGACUAGUGAAGCAAGCAGCAGGACGAGCCCAGGCGUGCUAAGGGCUGCACGACGGAACCGGGUGCUGAGGUCGAGAUUGCAGAGAAGGCCUCUGAGCGUGGGUGGUCUGGGAGGGAUUGCUGAGAGGGGACAGUUCAGCUGGCUCCUGAGGACAGUUCAGCAAGUGCAAAGGGUCCAAACAAGAAAGCUUGGUGUUCUGGCGGCCCUGAGUGCUGGGGCACCACAGUUAGCCAGACGGUGGCCUGAUGUGGCGGGACAGACCCUGGAGGGCCUGGUGGCCAUGCAAGAAGGGGGCUGUGUGUCCUCAGGGUGAUUGGGACUCAGGGACAACCUGUGUGAAGUCCAGUAGCUGGCACCCAGCACUGGCUGACAAGUGGGUGUUUCCUUCCCUGGUUUUGCACGAGAGGGGCCUCCUAGUGCCUCUUGUCUCUCCAGCUGCUCUUCCUCCUAACUCCCAACCCCUCCCCUCCUUCAGAAGCUACCUGUCCGAGCUGCGCAGGUGUCAGGACCACCACGGCCCCUGCACGCCACCCAGCCUCUUUCCCUCGAGUCACAUUUUAAAAACACUUAGACUCGCAACUCAUAUUGUGGAGCGCCUCUGUGCAGGUCACUGUGGACAUGGCAGGAAUGAGCCGGCCAGGGUCUUGACCUCAGGGCGCUUACCUUCUAGAGCGGCUCAGAAGGCAGGGAGCAAGGAAACAUACAGACGAAGAAGCAGGUUUCUCGGAGUUUUUAAGUGUAUGGAGAAAGUGAAGUGGUGACCAGGGCAGUGCCCCAGGAGUGGAGGGGACAGUCACACGAGGGCUCUCAGGGAAGCCCUCGCUGGGAAGUGCUUGUACCAAAAGGUCCCAAGAUUGGACCCAGUGGAGACGGGGAGGCAGAUGGUGCACGGCCGGCAGACCACAGGAAGGAGUAGGGACUUUAUUCCAAAUUCUGGGCUUCACUGUAGCAGGCCUCACGCUGAGCCAGGUGCAGUGAGGGAGGGGUGCGCAGGGCCAAGGCUGGGCUGCCCCGCCCCUGGAGGGGGAUGGCUGUGUCCCACAGGGGCAGCAUGGGCACCUGCCCACCUUGCUUGGGAUGAUGUCCUGCUCAGGUUUCAGGCUGGGCCAGUGAGUGGGGCUGUGCCCCUCACUCCUGAUUGGACUUGUUGGGCACAUUAUACAAAUGAGCUGAGAAGCCCUGCGGCUUUCAUGCACAGGGAACCUAAAGGUAGAGGGACUCUGGUGGCAGGAGGCUGAGUCAGGAUACACAGGAAGUCACCUUUGGGCAUUACAGUAGCAGUGCUGGCCAGUGACCACCAGGCAAGGUGGAAUCUGCCCCUGGGGCCGAGAGGACACUAAGUUGAGUGGGGCGUGCCCAGAGGUGAGGUGUGAGAAAAAGGGGGGCCCGGCCUCACUACCCGAGCACACGGGGCUGUGUUCCAGGCCUCUUCUGUUGUCUGUCCCCCAGAAUCCUCAUAACAGCAACCUAGAGGCUAAAAUGGUCUAACUUCUCCAUCAGUUGUCCUGCGCUGAUCAGACGGUGCACCGCAAAGCUGCUAAAUGGAGCCUGAAUGUAGAUUAUUGGCAGAGACAGAUGGUCACAGUACAUUGUGUUUUAUUUUUGUUGUUGUUGAGAGUAUACACAGCAAAACAUACACCAGUUCAACAAUUCCUACUGUGCAGUUCAGUGACCUUGAUGACAUUCUUCAAGUCACGUGACCAUCCUCACCCUCCUUUGCUGAGUUGUUCCUCCCCCGUUUAUGUAAACUCACUGCCCCCUAAGGUUCCUAUCGAAUCUUUCAAGUUGCUAUUGUCAGUUUUAUCCCAUAUAGAUAGUUCUUAAAAGAGCAUGAAGCUCAAGGCGGACAUUCUUUACUGGUGAAGCUAAACUAUUGGUCACAAUACAUUGUUAAGUGAAAAAGCUGGCUUACCAAACAGUUAAGGAAAAUAUCCCGUUUCUACGAAAUAUGUGUAUCUGCACAUAGAAAGUUAUGGGAUGACAGAAAGGGAUGUUAACUGGAUGGUAAGAUUUGUGGUUUUGCUUCUUUCUCUAAACAUUUUAAGAGCUUUAUUCAAGUAUAACUGGCAGGUGAUAAGUUGUACAUAUGUAAGGUGUACAACUAGGUAGGUUUUAACGUCUGUAUACACCCAUGAAACUGACACCUCGCCAUGGUAUUUAAACUCUUCAAAAAUAAUGAUCUCUUGUGGCUCCUGUUUUUGUUUCUCACUUUAAAAAAAAAAAAAAGGGAAGCGGAUCAGCCAUUGAACUGGCUGCACCAAGUGGGAAAGGGGUUCAUGCUUCUCGGAGGUGCCGGCCUAGUGGCAGGGGCAGCAGGCAGCCAGGUCUCUCUGGAAUCCUGAAGAGGAGGCCUGGGGACCAGAAUGGACCGUGGACAGGCCUGGGCCCUCCCCUCCAGGACUCAGUCGGGCAGGAGGCAAGAAGGGGCCUGGGGAAGAGGCCCAACUCACCCUCUCUCCCCAGGUGGUCUCUGCAACCUGUGUGCUGACAAGGCCAACAAAGAGUACAUUCUGCGUGCAGGCGGCAUCCCGCUCAUCAUCAACUGCCUGUCCAGUCCCAGCGAGG